UUAGGGUUGUGUCUUAAUUUUGUUUGCGCUGUUUAUAUCUUUCGCUUUAGCUACUGCCACUUCUUCUUCCUCCUUUAUAUUCUGUUCUGCUACAAAGUGAGAUUGUUUGAUACAUCGUAAGUUUCCAUCAUAGUUUUCAAUCACUCAUCAUCCCCAGACCUGAGAAAAACACACAAGAAAAAAAGUCUUUGUUGGGUACUGCCCGGUACCUUAAGUUCCGGCGGAACGGACGAAUUUUGACCGAAAUAACUGGUACCGAACGAAACUUGAAGUGGAACGGAAUUUGUGGGUGAGUGUCCCGGUCUCUUGCUGGAACAGAGUAUCCCGGCCGGUACGGGUACGGAACUGAUUUUUAUGGUCUCAACGCAAAACUAAGGCACCCUAAAACAUCAGACACAAAGUCGAGACAAAAGAGAAGCUGAAAAUGGCCGAGUGUGUGAGGACAACCUUAAAUCCUUCCCACUUCCUACUACACUCCACUAAAGCCCCAACUCAAAAUCCCUUUUUUUCAUCACACUCUUCCUUUGAAGCAAAAUCCAAUGCUAGAAAGUACCCCAAAAUUUCCCUUUCCGUUAUGUCCAGCCAAAACCAAAGCCAAAGCCAAAGCCAGGGCCAAACACAAGUCCCAUCUCUUGAUGCUUUGCUCAACUCUGGUCGCAAAGAAGAAGUUUUUGCCAGCAUAAAAGCCUCACUUCACAAUUGUCUGUCAGAGACUAAUCUUCACUUGACAGUCCCUGGUCUCAAAUCCAAAACCAGAGGCAAGGUUAGGGACAUUUAUGACAGUGGGGAUUAUCUUGUGUUGGUCACUACUGAUCGUCAGAGUGCAUUUGAUAGGAUUCUUGCCUCUAUCCCCUUCAAGGGCCAGGUUCUUAAUGAGACGAGUUUGUGGUGGUUCAAUAGAACUCGGCACAUGAUUCCAAAUGCAGUUUUGUCAGUACCAGAUAAAAAUGUUACAAUUGCUAAGAAAUGUUCUGUCUUUCCUGUUGAAUUUGUUGUUAGAGGGUUUGUGACCGGAAGUACUGAAACAUCACUGUGGACAGUUUACAAAAAUGGAGUUCGAAAUUACUGUGGAAAUGUACUUCCGAAUGGGCUGGUAAAAAAUCAAAAGUUAACUGCAAAUAUACUCACACCAACAACUAAAGCUGAGGAUCAUGAUGUUCCUGUAACUCCUGACGAGAUUAUUGAAAGAGGAUUGAUGACUCAAGAUGAGUUUGAUGAAGCUAGAGAAAAAGCUUUAAGUUUGUUUGAAUAUGGACAGCGUGUAGCUUUGGAGCAUGGCCUGAUUUUGGUAGAUACAAAAUAUGAAUUUGGAAAGAGUAGUGAUGGUUCAAUUCUAUUGAUUGAUGAGGUGCAUACGCCUGACUCAAGUCGAUAUUGGAUUGCCAAUUCUUAUGAGGAGCGCUUUCAGAAUGGUCUUGAACCUGAAAAUAUUGAUAAGGAGUUCUUAAGGUUAUGGUUUAGAGAGAACUGCAAUCCCUAUGAAGAAAAGGUGCUUCCUGAUGCCCCUGAAGAACUUGUCUGUGAGCUUGCUUGGCGAUACAUCUUUUUAUACGAGACUAUAACAAAAUCAAGAUUUGAGAUGCAGCCGAUGGGAGAGCCAAUACACGAUCGAAUCUCGCGAAAUGUUUCCUCUGCAUUAUCAUCUUUGCAGUAACUGAAGAAGAGCGUACAAGAUCUUAUGGUUUUCCUAGGAUGGUAGCUAUACUGAAACUCUGAAUGAGCAUUCAGCAUUAAUGUAGUUUUUAGUGUUUUGCUCCUGUUAUUUCCUGUAUGUAAACAGGCUUUCUGCAUCCUUGAGGCCUUUGGCAGAUGAACUUAGGGUGGAAGACGAGCUGAUUGCUCUGAUAUAAUGCAUUGGUCACUUAUUUUGCUUUUAAAAUCUAUAACUAGGAUCAGUAUUUCAAUAAA